AUGCGUGAUGAAUAUAGUGCUUUAAUUGAAACGGGGACAUGGGAUUUGGUUCCAAGGCCUACGGGGGUGAACAUUGUCAAUUGUUUGUGGUUGUUUUGUCAUAAAUUAAAAGCUAACGGUGAUCUUGAAAGACACAAAGCUCGUUUAGUUUGUGAUGGAAGGUCUCAGAUUAAAGGUGUUUACUGUGAUGAAAUGUUUAGUCCCGUUGUUACGCCGACGACUAUUCGAACGGUGUUGAGUUUGGCUAUGGCUCGUAAGUGGUCUAUUCACCAACUUGAUUUAAAAAAUGCUUUUUUACAUGGUGAAUUGAAUGAGUGUGUGUAUAUGCAUCAACCCCUUGGGUUUGUUGACAAGAGAUUUUCAGGUUAUAUGGGGUUUUUCAUUGCUAAAAUGGAUAAUUCUCUAUUCAUCUUCCGACAUGGGAAUGGUAUGGCAUAUUUGUUGCUAUAUGUUGAUGACAUUGUGUUAGUUACUUCCUCAGAUAAAUUGCGUGAGAGUAUGAGCAGUUGCAAACCUGCGCAGACUCCAGUGGAUACUCAAUCCAAACUUAGUGUUGAUGUCGGACCUCAGUUUCAUGAUCCAACAUUCUAUCGCAGUCUUGCAGGUGCCUUAUAG